AUGCACAGGUGCACUAGCUCCAAACUUGUCGCGUUCAACACCGGACAAAGUCGCAUACGGCUCAGCGGUCAUCUCGUUCGAGCACCGAAACUACUGAGCCAAGUCCAAGUCUCCUUUGGCAGCCCCGCUGUUGCAAGUCGCCACCUGCACGACGUUCGACGACGACGAGGCUUCUGCACGAGCGCGCCGUUUGGAAGCAAGGAUAUGGCUAGCGACGAAGACUACAUGUCAUUCUUGGACAAGGCCAACAAGGAUCUCGACGACGGGCUACAUAUGUCGCGGCAGCAGCAGAACACGGCCAAGGCGCAGUUCCACGCCGUGGACAGUGACGUGCCCAAGGCGAUCCAGGAUGUCUGCAAGAACGAGGUGUACGUGAGCGAGGCUGAUGAGCCGUUUCAGGAGGUGUCCCUCCGAUGGACGGGAGGUGAUUUGCCGGACGAAGUUGAGUUCGCCACUCUAAUCCACCACCAUGACCCGGAGAAGGCAGAGAUCGAGAUCAUGGACCCGCUAGACUGGGACUCGACGGGCCAGUACAGCAAGGUGAUCGAGGCGGUGCGCGAGGCGAGCAGGGGCAACGACGUGCGGGUGUACCGAGUUGUGAGGGACAAAACGAGAGUGGAAUACUGGCUGAUUACGAGGGAGCAAGGCAAGAUUGUGGGCGUGAAGGCUUUGGGAGUGGAGAGCUGA